AUGCUUUGGCUCUUUUAUACAACUAGCAUUCUCGCUGUACUGUGUACGCCAGCUGCGGCCUCAGUUGAAAGCAGGGACUUCGCCUGUGGCAAUGGAAUGGGCCAGAUCCAGAGUCUGAAAAACAACGUCUGCUGCCCCGGCGUGAUGAAAACCGCACCUGGAAAGACGUACUGUUGCAUCGGUGGCACUAAUGACAACUGCGGUCAAGUUACCUGCUUCACGGAUCUCAGCUCGUGCCAACACACUGUCGAUGUCGACUCUCCAGAUUAUAAGGAUCAAAUCCAAAAGUUGACUGGGAAAAAACCCCCGAGCGCUAGUGGAGGCUCCAAUUCUGGAUCCGGAAGUUCGUCUUCAUCUGGUGAGUCAGGCUCCAGUUCUGCCACCACGCUUUCCGCCUGUUCUGCUUCAGGCUCAUCCACUAGCCCUACAUCGCCUCCAACAAUCGCCGCUUCUGCUACAUCAGAAUCCAUCACUUCUUCAACGCUAGCGCCCACCGCUAAUCAUAAAAAUACAGCUGUCGAAGUAAAAGCUGCUCUGACAGCGGUUAUUGGCGUGGCAGUGGCACAAACAGUUUGGUAUGCUCUCUAG